AUAACUUAUUAUGUAUGAGAUCGUAUACUUUUAGCUUUAACAUAAUUAGGCAAUUGGUUAAAACAAUAAAGUUGGGUUUACAAUUACAACUUUACAUAUUCAUGAAAAAAAAAAUAUAUUUAUGUUCGUAACUGUUUAAGUAUUGGUAUACAGUAAGAUUUGAGCUGUCAAGACUCAAAAGAGCAAUUCCUAUCUCUCUCUUUCUGUUUUUUCAGACGAUAGAAAAAGGAAAAAAACUCAAAAGAGCAAAAUUUCAUCACGUGUUUCAUGCAUCUAAAGAAAACAAAACACAGACCUACCUACCAAAUAUAUCUUAACAUCAAUUCACAACAACAAUAAAAUACCUCUAUAUAAAUCAAUCACAAACCCUAGUCCUAAUAUCCAUCCCACUAACCAAACUAAAGUUAUGGAGAUGAAAUUAUUCACCACCCUCAUCCUUACUCUUCUCUUCUCCACAACUCUCUUCGACCCUGCCCUCUCAGAGCUAUGUAACCAAAAUGACAAAAAAGCCCUUCUCCAAAUCAAGAAGGCUUUCAAUAACCCCUAUGUCCUCACCUCAUGGCAUGAAGACACCGAUUGCUGUGACUGGUACUGCGUCAAGUGUCACCCUAAAACGCACCGUAUCACCUCCUUAUUUGUCCCCGGUGGUCUCUCCGGAACUAUCCCACCUCAAAUCGGAGACCUUCCUUACCUAGAUAACCUCGACCUUCACAAACAGAUUAACCUCACAGGUCCCAUUCCACCGUCCAUUACUAAACUCAGAAACCUCCAGAGCCUCAGGUUAGACGGGACCAGCAUCAGUGGUUCGGUUCCAGGUUUCUUGAGUCAGCUCACCAACCUCAACUACCUCGACCUCUCUUUCAACAAACUAACUGGACCGAUCCCGGCUUCGCUUUCCAAGCUACCAAACCUUGGCCACCUUAGGCUGGACCGGAACAGACUAACUGGACCUAUCCCAGAUUCGUUCGGAGAGUUCAAAGUGAAGAGGUUUUACUUGGAGCUGUCUCAUAACCAACUCUCCGGUAAAAUACCUGCCGCGUUGGGAAGAAAGAAGGACUUUGCUCAUAUAGACUUGUCUUGGAACAAACUCCAAGGUGACGUGAACUCGAUUUUGGGAUCGGAUAAGAUGGUUAGCCAUGUAGACCUUUCGAGGAAUUUGCUGGAGUUUGACAUGUCUAAGGUUGUCGUUCCCAAGAGCUUGACCUGGUUGGAUCUUAAUCAUAAUAAGAUAACGGGGAGUCUUCCUUUGGGACUGGCUGCAAUGGGCGAUCUUCAGUAUUUGAAUGUGAGUUAUAAUAGGUUGUGUGGGAGGAUUCCAGUGGGUGGGAAGUUGCAGAAGCUCGAAGCCACGUCCUAUGUUCAUAACCUUUGCUUGUGUGGUGCUCCGCUACAACGUUGCAAAUAGUUCUGCAUGGACAUUUCUUCUUUCCAAUGUCGUUUCUCCUCUGUUAUGUCGUUUUAUCGUUGAUGUUGUAUGAGUAAUGUUUGUCGUUUUCUUUUCAAUUCUCUCGUUUUAUUUAUGUAUUAAUUAUUGGCAUGCUGAAUACUCAGCGCUGGCCUCUUGUUUUUAUUUUGUAAACGGCAACAUUUGAAAUGAUAAAACUCAGCUGGUUUAUUA